AUGGAAGAAUAAGAAGAAUGUUUUGAUUGUAAAAUUAUAAUUGCCAAAAAAGGUAAAAAUCUAAACAAUUUAUAAAUAGAAUUAUAUUGUGAAAAAUGUCUUUAAUAAUAAAUGAAAAAAGAAGAGGAAGAAGUAAAAUAAUUAGAAAAUGAAAUUAAUGAAUUAUAGAUUCAAUUAAAUUAAGUUAGAGAUGAAAUAUCUAAAAUGGAAAUAAAUUCAAUAGAAAAAAAGAAUGAUAAAAUAGAAUUAGAUGUAAUUCAUUAUUGUUUAUAAACAUAGAAAAAAAAUUUAGAUAAGGAAAUUUAAUAAUUAGAAUUAGAUGAAUAAAAAUAAAAGAAUGAGUUAAUCAAAUUAAAAAAUUAGAUUCUUGAACAAGAACAUAAUGAAGAUAAUUUAUGGGAACACAUCAAUAAAUUUACUAGAAAACUAUAUUCUUUAUUUGAAUCAAAUUAAAUUGCUGAUAAUAAAUUAUCUUAACUAAAUAAUGAAUUAGAUAGAUUAAGUAAAGUAUAAAUAAAUAAUAUUAUGUAAUUAGUUAGAUGUUUUAAAUGAUUUAUUUAAGAUAUCAGUUUAAGAUGAAGUAGCAACUAUUAAUGGAUUAUAAAUAGGUAAGAAAGGAGAAUAGCCUGUUGAUUGGGAUGAUAUAUCAGCCGGAGUUGGUCAUUUAACAUUAUUACUAGUUUACUUAAUGAAGAAAUUUAUGUAUACAUAUUAAAAGUAUGGAUCAUUAUUUUAUAAGUAUAUAGAAUUGAAUCAAUAGAAUUGAAUGGAUCAUUUUCUAAAAUCAAAAUCAAAGAUGAAUAUCAAAAUGCUCUAUGUACAAAAACAUUAAAUUUAUAUUUGAAUAAUAAAACUUCUUAAAAGGAUGAAGAAGAGUUUAGUGAUGCCUUUCUAUAGUUAUAUUUAGAAUUUUAAUAGUUUUGUAAAUAUUUAUAAGAUGGAGAUAUCUUAAAAAAAAGAAAAAUUAAUUUAAAUUUACCUUUUAGUAUGAAUGGCAUGUCUGUAGACAAUAAAAUACUUAGUUUGAAGUAACCUGCAACUUAAAAAUGGUAAGAAUGGACUAAUUCUGUAAAAAAGUUUUUAGCAAAUGUUAAAGCUCUCAUUGUUGCAAAUGCAUAAUUUGAUUUAUCUUUAUGA